AUGAAGGGCCGCGAUGAGCCGCUACUGGAUCCGGAGAGCCCCGCCGAACCGCCCGAGGUCACCCGGGACUCGCCCUUCACAGGGGGAGAUGGGCGGCCCAGCGAGCCAGAGCCCUGGGUGGAAAUGGGUCUGAGCCAAUCACUGCUGCACUCCCUGGCCGACGCGCCGUCGGGGUCCAGCGAGGGCCCGUUGCAGGGCCUGACGUCGGAGCAGGCGCAGCAGCGGCUGCUGGAGCAUGGACGCAACGAGAUCCCCGAGAACGUUGAAGCAUGGUAUGUGAUGCUGGGCAAGCAGUUUGUAGGCAUGAUGCCCUUUAUGUUAAUCAUUGCAGCAGUGUUAUCUGGAGUCACCGAAGAUUGGACGGACUUUGCGGUGAUUACGCUGAUGCUCAUCGUGAACGCCCUGAUUGGCUUUCACGAGGAGUUCAAGGCACGUCAAUCCUUGGAUGCGCUCAAGGCGCAGAUGACUGCCACGGUCCCCGUGAAGCGCGAUGGUGAAAUGGUCAUCAUCCCCGUGGCUGAGCUGGUGCCUGGUGAUGUGAUUUUCCUGCGGGGUGGCAACAUCGUCCCAGCGGAUUGCGAGUUCCUGGAGGGCGAUGAGAUGCUGGUGGACACCGCUGCCCUCACCGGCGAGCCGCUGCCGCGCAAGGUGCCGCGCCCGGAGCGUCCGGACGAGCCGCAAGGCGCGGGGCGGCAGCUGCUGAGUGGAUGCAUCGUGAAGCAAGGGGAAGCACACUGCGAGGUGAAGGAAACCGGUCUCAACACGGAGAUUGGACAGGCCGCAGGGCUGGUGGCAGAGGCUUCCGGACACCAGGCGAGCCUGUUCGAGCGGAAGAUCAUGCAGGUGGUACAUGCCGUGAUCCUGUUGGCUCUGGUGGAUGCUGGUGUGGUGCUCUACAUUGACGUGGGACAUCGAAGUGUUCGCUUCUCCAAGGCGCUUCUGAACGUGCUAGCCUUGGUAAUUGGCGCCGUGCCCAUUGCCCUGCCAUUGGUGAUGCAGGUGACCAUGGCCAUAGGUGCCGCAAGCAUGGCCAAACGGCAAGCCAUUGUGACGCAUUUGACUGCCCUGCAGGAGAUAGCUUCCAUGACGGUGCUGUGUAGUGAUAAGACCGGCACCCUGACCACGGCGGACAUGCGGGUCUUGCCCCAUCGCACUUGGACCCAUCGGAUGACCAAAGACGAUGCACUGCUGUAUGCCUGCCUUGCCUCCAAUCCGGCCAACAAGGAGGAUCCCAUUGACAAAGCCAUCCUGGGCUCUGGUCAUGAACACUUUGGGGAGGAGGAGGCGGAUAAGCUGAUGAACAUGUACAAGAAAGAGAAAUUCGUGGGCUUCAACCCAACGGUGAAGCGCACCGUAGUCUAUUGCGAGCAUGAAGAGAAGGGCAAACUGAAGAUCUCGAAGGGGUUGGUGGAUAAGGUGCUGGUGACGGGAGAUGAUGGUGGAGAUUGCUGGGAAUGUGCUGAUGCGGAGAAGAUGCGCGAAGAACUGAAGGAGGUGGACGUGCGCUUCAGUUCCCAGGGCUACAAAACCGUGGGUUUGGCGGUGGCCCACAACGAGGGGCCCAUGGUCUUCUCCGCGAUUGUCCCCAUGUUGGACCCCCCGAGGACCGACACCAAGCUGACCAUUUAUCGGAUCAGGGAGGCGGGGAUCAACGUGAAGAUGAUCACAGGUGACCACCUGAACAUCGCCAUCGAGACCAGUCGUCUCAUCGGUUUGGGCACCAACGUGCUUCCGGCCUGUGACCUGUGGCCCGCCUCGGCCACCCGGGAUGAGACCAUCGUGACCUCGGAUGGCUUUGCACAGGUUCUGCCCAAGGACAAGCGUGAGGUGAUUUUGGUGCUGCAAAAUCGUGGUUUGGUGGUUGGGAUGACAGGCGACGGCGUGAACGACGCGCCGGCGCUGGCGCAGGCGCAGAUUGGCAUCGCCGUGGAUGGGGCCACCGAGGCAGCACGCAGCGCGGCGGAUAUCAUCCUCACGCAGCCCGGGCUCAGUGCCAUCUUCGAUGCUGUGGUUGAGUCCCGGAAGAUCUUUGCCCGGCUUCGGUCGUAUGUCUUGUACCGCAUUGGUGCUACAAUCCAGAUUGUGCUCGUCUUAUCUAUCCUGAUUUAUGCCUACAACGAUACAAUGCCCGCCCUUUACGUGAUCCUGUUGGCCCUGGUGAAUGAUGUAACGAUGCUGCCAGUGGCCAGUGACAAUGCGUCCCCUUCGGCAUUGCCGGAGAUUCCCUCCAUGCCACAGAUUUUGUUGGCUGCCUUCCUGUAUGGCUUCAUUGGCACGGGACAGACCAUGGCACUGUACCUGUCGGACGUCAUUCACUCGGACCCCUCCACUGAUCCAGAGGAACGUCGAAAGUAUCGCAUGGCCGUGACCUAUCUUCAGAUGUCUAUUGCCGUUGAGCUGAACAUCUUCUCCUGCCGAACACCGUUGUACGUGGGCAACAUCCUGCGACGAGACACGUGGCCAUCGCUGUUGCUCUUCAUUUGCGUCAUGGGAGGAAAUCUUUUGGUUUCCCUUCUGGCCGGCUUUGGUGAUACCUUCCAUGUCGUGUACAAAGUCGAGUGGAUUGAUAUUGCUUGGAUUUGGCUCUACGAUUUGGGUUGCUUGUUGGUCAUCGACUUGCUGAAAAGCUUCCUGAGCGUUAUCGGGGCAGACUGGAUGUCGGCCGGAGCUGCCGGCGAUGUGCUCGGAUAUCCCGAGCUGCCCGAUGAAUUUCACGGUGCCAGCCAUCGCUCAACGCUGCUGCACAGCAGGGUUAGCGCCAGGAGCGUGCUUCAUCAUCACAGUCGGCUCUCGACCAUCUCGCAGCAGGGCGGCCUGGCACGUGGCCCAGCCUUGGGAGCCAAGGCUUCGGGCUCCACGUUGCCCUUUCCACACAACCUGCGAGCGCAGGCGCUGCGGCACCUGCAUUCAUUUUGA